AUGUCCAUUAAAGCUGAAUUACAACAGCAAUUAAAAGAAAUCGGUUAUGACCUUGGUCCAUUCACAUCAAAAGAUACAUUAUCGAUUAUACGAUGUCUUCAUUCCGUGGUAUUAACAGAAAAAAAUGUCAAUGUUGCAAAAUUAAGUGAUCUUGAACUUCGAACAAAUUUAAUUCAACGUGGUUUUAUUGUUGGACCUAUUACAAAUCAUACUCGUGCUAUUUAUCAACGUAAAUUACUCGAAGUAUUAACUAAUCAAACAACAAAUGGACAAGAUGAUGAAUUUGAAAUCGAUGAAUCAAUGUAUCAAACUGAAUAUGAUAUCAAUGAAAAUAAUACUUCGUAUCCAAAUAUUUUUCGUACAAAAUAUUCAUCGGGAAAUUCUAAUUCAGAUAAUUUUCAAACGACUGAACCAAUGAUUAUUCGACAUGAUUAUAAAGCAACUUCAUCAUCAAGAAAUUCAUCAAAACGAAAUACUUAUGAGGAAUCGAAUGAAAUACGACCACGUAUUGUAAUUAAAUCAAAUGAAAUUAAGAAAGAUAUUACAUCGAAAAAGAUUCAAGAUAAAUCUACAAAUAAAAAUGAUAAAUUACAAGAUAUAAAUAAGAGUAAUAAUGGUACAUUUGUUUAUGCUGCUAUAACAAUUAUUGUUGCUUUAGUUGUUUUUUUUGCUUAUUUAUGGUUUGAAAAAUGA